AUCCGAUCGACGUCUUUUCGGACGUUUCUUAACCGAAUACUUUCACAUUCCCUUCGUUCUCCUUAUUUGUUACGAUUCAGGCUUAUCUGGACUGGAGUCGUAUACGCCCACUACGCUUGAAGCCGCUCAGCCGCAGUCUCGUUGUUCGGCCACUCGUCGAGCGACUCUUCAAGAUGGCGUCGAAAACAGUCAUCCCGUUCCUAGUCGGGAUGAUGCUUCUCACAGGGGUCGCAAACACGCUCCUGACCAAGCUUCAGGAUAACCAAUGUGUUCGAAAUUGCGAUGACCCCGACCCCAAGAAACGCCUCCACUUUGAGCAGCCAGUGCUGCAGACAGCGCAGAUGUUUGUGGGCGAAGCUGGCUGCUGGCUCGUCGUCGGCUUGAUGGCCGCCUACACUCGCAUCAAGAACCGCAAGAACCCUAGCAACAAUGGCUACCAGCCCGUCGAGUCCAACGAUGACGAUCAGAAUGCUGACGCAGCGAGCAUCAACUCGGAAUCCACGCUUCUACCGCCUAAGAGGACUGGCGACGUCCUCAACGGCUUCGGUAUCUUGUUGCUCAGUCUCCCCGCCAUCUGUGAUAUCCUCGGAACAACCUUGAUGAACGCGGGUCUGCUUAUGGUCGCAGCCUCUAUUUACCAGAUGACCCGGGGCGCCCUUGUCUUGUUCGUUGGUCUUUUCAGUCUCAUAUUCCUACGCCGAAAGUUGCACCUCUUCCAAUGGCUGUCACUCUUCGGUGUUGUACUGGGUGUUGCCCUCGUAGGUCUCGCCGGUGCUAUCCAACCGGACUCAAAGGAGAAGGCAACUUCACUCUCCACUCUGGUGGUCGAGGAUCCUGCAGCUGCUGAAGCUGUACGUGUCGUCUUUGGUGUGUUGUUGAUUGCUGGUGCACAAAUCUUCACAGCCACCCAAUUCGUGCUUGAGGAAUCUCUGUUAGAACGGUCUAAGAUUGAGCCUAUUGAAGUUGUCGGCUGGGAAGGAUUAUUUGGACUUUCUGUCACACUAAUUGGCAUGCUUGUGUUGCACUUCGCUGUUGGUCGAACCGACGCUGGUCGUCUCGGGCCGUUCGAUGCAGUUGAGGGUUACCGACAAAUGGUAGAGAACAAGGUAGUCUUGAUCUCAAGUUUCCUUAUAAUGAUCAGUAUCGGUGGCUUCAACUUCUUUGGACUCUCUGUUACCCGUACAGUUAGUGCCACUUCACGCUCCACAAUUGACACCUGCCGGACGUUAUUCAUAUGGAUUGUGUCACUCGGUCUUGGUUGGGAGACAUUCAAGUGGUUGCAAGUUGUCGGGUUUGCGCUUCUCGUUUACUUCACCUUCCUCUUCAACGGCAUCGUGCAACCGCCCUUUGAGUUCCUACGUCCUAGCAGCGAGCCUGAGGAGUUACUUCCGGAGCAGCCUGUUGAGCAUAAUUAAAAGGACCAUGGCUUCGAGAAUAGAGAUGCGUUCACAGUUCUUCUUUUUCCCGACACAAGCAAUGUCUUGUCGAGGGUUUGCUUUGUUAGUCGAUUCUUCGUUUCGGAAGGGGAGGGCUGCACUUAACCUCCACGUUAUCGGCUUCGGCUUCGGCUUCGGCGGGUCACCGAUGAACUUGCGGAAACGCGGUUCUUAGUUACCAUAGUAAGUGGCAUAAACUCGGCAACCUCUGGGUCUAUCUACGCUGCACUUGGGCUUUCCUCGCCGCAAGGGCGAUUCUACUUUUUGCAUUAGGUCGGCGUUCGUGAGAAUUUCUGAUGCUUAGGGGUUUUUCUAUG